AUGCCCCAGUCGAUCCUCCAUACCCGACGGCCCAAUAAUGCGAACGAACGAUUGGGCUUGGACCCCGAAGCAGAGGAUCUUUGCGAGUUGCGACUUGCAAGACACGCCGCGGGCGAGGCCAAACGGCGGGCGACAGCCAAGCCGCCCGAGAGUCCCCGAGCCACCCAACCCAGCCGCCAGCUCUUCUCCACGUGGACACACGUGGAACCGCAUGGGUCUCGGCUAGACAGAAGGCAGGAAAGAAGACACCUGGAAGAGUCAUGGAACGGUGGAAGAGCGGGAGACGCAUCCAAGAAGGCGGCGAACGAGAGGCAUCCACGCGAAAAAUACGAGCCAUCAGCCAUGCCAUCAGGCUCAGCCACGCGGGAGUCAUCCUGUUUGUCCGCUCCACCGUUUAUCCCUCUGGCAUCGGGGUGCUACGUAGCGAAGGUACUUUGA